CCACUAUAAAACAAAACUCCAGGCGCCGGCGCCCAUCGCAAGAGCCGAAGAGCGAGCGCGCACUGGCGGCGGCGUAAGCUAAUACCGGAGCUGGGAAUUCACUGGCCGGCGUGCUCAUUGCGAGCGAACUAGCUAGCGCGGGGUCGUCGUCUGCGGAUCAGGCGGCGGCGGCCGUGUCGCGCGCAGCACGCAUGGCGCAGCUGCCACCCCGGAUCCCGGCCGCGGUGCACCACUGGCCGGAGGGGGGCCACCACGGGGCGGCGGCGUGGGCUGACGACUUCGCCGAGUUCGCGGCGUCGCGGCGGGGCGCGCACCGGAGGUCGCUCAGCGACUCGGUGGCCUUCGUCGAGGUGGCGCCCGCGGACGGCGCGGCGGGCGAGUUCGACCGCCUCGACGACGAUCAGCUCAUGUCCAUGUUCCCCGACGAGGCCGGCGGCGGCGUGUCGUCGUCCGCGCCGGGGUCCGACAACGGCGGCAGCAGCGACAGCGACGGCGAAAAGCGUGGCGGCGGUGCUCCGGCGGGCGGCGGCAGCAAUGGCUGCGAUGACGAGCGGAACGAAGCCUCGGACGCGCAGGCGCUGGCGACGGGGCAGGCCGCCGCCGCCUCCACGGAGCUGAUCCGGGACCCCAAGAGGGUGAAGAGGAUCCUGGCCAAUCGGCAGUCGGCUCAGAGGUCGCGGGUGAGGAAGCUGCAGUACAUCUCCGAGCUCGAGCGCAGCGUCACAACCCUGCAGAACGAGGUGUCCGUGCUGUCUCCUCGGGUGGCAUUUCUGGAUCAGCAGCGGACGAUACUGACCGUCGGCAACAGCCACCUCAAGCAGCGGAUCGCAGCUCUUGCACAGGACAAGAUCUUCAAGGAUGCUCAUCAAGAGGCGUUGAGGAAGGAGAUCGAGAGGCUGCGGCAGGUCUACGAGCAGCAGAGCCUCAAGAUGUCAGCCGGCUCUGCCGCUUCUGAACACGGGCCGCCGCCCCCGGUGCGCGCGGAGAAAGAGCUCAUGAGCUAGCUCACCCAUGCCUGUCCCGUGUCAGCUGUGCAGUCCGCCUUAUCAUUAUUAACCUGGAGGGAACAUUGCAUCAUGAUUCCUUUUUUUCAGAUUCUGUGGAUGUUUUCUUCUUUUUCUGCUUCUUCUUAUGAUUCUUUUUUCCCAUUGACAUGUGCAUUGAUUCUUUGUACUUUAAUUUGGAUUUGUUUUACUGUGCAAAUUGUGGUAAAGUCGUCAGGAAAACUGAACUUUCAGUCUUUCAUGUAAAUCAUUUUUGAAGCAUUACAUCUCUGGUAAUCUGGAUAGCUCUUGAUUUUCUUUCUA